AGUCACCGACCGCAUUCACGAUUUGUGAGUCGUGAGACUUGAGUCUGCUUCACCAUCCAUACACAGCGAUACGCUCACGCAAGAAGCAGUCAGUAAGACACACAGACAGACAGACAGACGGACAGCGAUUCUUGUCAUUAUCGGUGAUCCGGCAGCUCAAGCGCCUCGUACAGGAAAAAGAAUACAAAAACCGGGCGCAAUUACACGUUGCCCCAUCGUUGGCACCAGGCCAUGUCACCUCACCCACAAGCCCACCUGGAGCUCUUGCGCUUCCUAUCCGAUUCCAACGCAACAGCGCGUCAAGUAGCUCUCUCUAACCUUGUAGGAUUCUCAUCAUCAUCUUCUUCCGCUGGCCAAGCAGCAGCAGCAGCGCGAGGCGCAUCGAGAAGCUUGCUGAUCGAUAAGCACAAGGGAUUGGAUGGCGGGCCGCUCAGGGGAAGAGAUGGGAGGGAUGUGGAUACGAUUAGGGAUCUCAAGAGGUUGUGCGAGGAUAUUCCCGUGACAGCGCACGACGCAUUCAGCGCCCUCAUCAACCUGUCCGACAGUCUGCUCGUAGCCAGGCGCAUCGCCGAUCAAGCUUUCCUCACAUUCCUCGUCUCCUACAUAUGCGAUUCGGCGUCCAUCUUGGCGGAUCUAGCGUGCAUGCUCCUCUCCAACCUCACAAAGCUGGAAAGCGUCUCUCUCCAACUGCUUUCCCUUCGCAUCUCCUCUUCUCCCCUCACAGCUCAACCCGACGCAUCCAUCAUGGCAGGUCUCAACGCCGAUCCUUCUUCCCACACCUACGAGCAAGAAAAAGCAGCGGCGCAGCGAGCGGUCGAGAAGCUUGCUGGCGUGCAGAUAUCUGCGAUAGGUGCGCUGUUGGAUGCCUUUGAAGAGGGCGCAAUGGUAAAGGCUACGAGCGGGACGGAAGAGAUUAGGAGAAGAGCUCUGCUAGCUCAAAAGGCCAGCGCGGGCGGGGCGGAGCAUGCUUCGAUGGGAGAUGACAACAAGAGGAGAUCCAACUGUCACUUCUUAUCCAGCGUCUUUGCUAAUCUUACCAUUACACCUCGAGGUCGAGAAUUCUUUGUAGCGCCCCUCGCAUCUGCAGAGCCUGACGCAGCGAGCGAUGGCAAAGUGCAUGAUCCCAGCUGGACAUUGGCAGACUACCCGGUGGCCAGGAUCAUGGCAUACACGGAGCACCCCGACCUGAUCCGAAGGGGCGGAGCGAUCAGCGCGCUCAAAAACAUACUGUUUUUGCGCUCCUGCCACAAAUUGCUACUGGCGCCUCCUCCGGCACGCGAAGGGGAGCCGAACGAGCUGGUAGCGGGUGCACUGCGUCGCGUUCAACGACCCUCCUCCCCACUCGACAUUCUUCCUCACCUCCUCCUACCGCUAUGUUCAGGCCAAGAACUAAGCAGCGUGGAUUUGGAGGAUCAAGAAGCAUUGCCGGAAGCGUGUCAAAUGUUGCCAGAGGAGCACGCUAGGGAAAAAGAUGCGGCGCUCAGGGCUAUGCUGAUCGAGUGCCUGCUUUUGCUCUGCACGACGCUCUAUGGCAGACAGUGCCUGAGGCAGAGGGGCGUCUAUGUCGUCGUUAGAGCGGCCCAUCUCAAAGAAACGGAGGAAAAGAUUGCCGAAUCAGUCGUUCGGCUUGUCAAUAUCCUUCAGAGGGACGAGAGCAGCGAGACGAUGGUGGAGGAGGAGGAGGAGGCGGCGCAAGCGGCGGGUGCGAAUGUGGAUGUGGAUGUGGGAGGAGGAGUCGAAGGGCAAAGGGAUGAGAAUGGAGAGACGGAUGAGGAUCUGAUCAUUGAGGAAUUGUAAAGCCGAAGAAGGUUUGUUGUAGCGAAGCAAUCGAUUUUCACGCAUCCGAUCGAGCACCCUCGGCGCCCGAUUCGUUGCUCCAUCUCCCCAUCUUCACCCGAUGACAAUGCUGGCGUUGUUGCUAGUGUGAUGUGGGAGAGUUCUAUGGAGUGCAUGCAUUAGCGACGUCCAGGGGGGUGGGUUGCGCGAAAGCAAGAUGAAUGGAAUGGGGGGGAGCGGGAUGCGUGCGAGGGUGCGAGUGUGCGAGGAGGGA